AUGGCGUGGGACGCUGGAGCUCGACGAGUUGAAGUCCAAUCGGACUCCCGCACAGCCAUCCAACUUCUUCAAUCGGCGACGGAGUUCCACCCCCACCGGACAAUGAUAUCGACGGCAAGGCAGUUGUUACAGAGGGAAUGGCAGGUGAACAUCGUUCAUACCUUUCGCGAAGGAAAUUUUGUUGCUGACUUCCUAACUUCGCAGGGCCAUGGAUACCCGAUCGGGAAUCACCCAUUUCUGGGCUCCAAUCCGAACCUUCUCCACUGGCUUUUCUACGACCGUGUGGGAGUUGCAGUCCCACGCCUUGUUAAUGUUUAA